AUGUCAUUCCACCUGGGCCGCCGCCGGUCGCAAACCGAUGCGACCAGCAAGCCCGACAACAACUCGCCAAGUCCAUCGCCCGAUCGCAACUCGUCCCAAAACUCACUUUCCAAUGAAGUGCGAGAGUUUCAUCCAUUUCGAAGAUUUUUCCGCAAACGCAGCGGGAGUGCGUCGUCGGCCGAUUCGAGAGAUGUCUCGAGCCUCAACAGGACCGUCCAACACACCACCCAGGAUCUUGCCGUAGGGAGACAGAAACCCGAACUGCGUCGAAGCCACUCAGAAGAGUCUGUGCGAAGCCAAUCUUCAGGACACGAUGGCCCAAAAUGCCCGUCAGCGGCCGCCCACAAUGAGCCAAAGCAACCGGCAAACAUCCAAGAUUACCUAGAUUAUCGACUGGAAAAAGCGGGCUUGCCCGAUGAUAGCAACGGUCCACAAUCUCUUUCGGAUGCCAAAUCGAUGUUGACAAAGAAGGACGUCAAGGCACUUCUUUCGGGCGCACCGCAUUUCAUGCUCGAACGUGGCAAGCAUGGCCGCUGGUACCCUCAAGUGAUUUUUCCAUGGGAUGAGCAUAACCUCUCAAUCCAGCGUAUGAUGGACCGGAAGCCCUUGGCACAUGCUUCGUUCACACUGUGUACGCUACAUACUCAUCUUCCUGUGCCCGACGACUGGGCCGUCAAAGGUGGUGUUCCUAUACCGGUGCACGACUGGCGUCGUUCCGGGGCGGCGAAGAGGGCGACGUUUGACGUCGGAAUCUUCGAGGUUCCAAACAUGCUGGGUAACAAUGGCAGAGAGCCCGGUACCAUCGGGUUUCGAAACUUCCUCGAGCUGUCAAUUGCCGAUAUUCUACGGUAUACAGGCCCGGAGGAACCCCGACCGUUUCCCGGUAGGGAGAACAUCUCCGCCCUCCCGGCCACGGAGGCCUUUGAGUUGAUGGACCACUACGACAAACCCUAUUCUCAAUGCCUCAGUGGUGUGGUCUUUGACCGCCAGGAACUCAUCAAGGAAGGUCCAUCGGGCUGGAGGCGAAUUGGGGUACGGGACAUCAACUUGCGCUUUCUGGUCCAUCGCCUCGACCAAUUGCGCCAAUUGCGCCAGGACCUUCUCCUGCAGGGGUCAAACAUCACCAUCUUAGACGUGGAGUCACCGCACGAACUACAUCACAUAUUGCAUACGCAUUUCCUUCACCCGCGGCCCCCUCCUGCGGAUUUGCUCGCUGGUCACCCACAAGGUCUGAAAUCGCAGAUCAAGACCAUUGCGACAGUGCUUGCCACACCUGGUGCAUGGGUAGACUUUAGUGUACCCGAGUGGCGAUUACGAGCGGGUCAGAUAUUAUGGGAGGCCUCUUCGCAUAGCGACGGAGAUAGUCCCGAGGCGAAUAAUUGGGGUCCGGAGAGAUCGAAGCAACCCUGGAUCAAUUCUGGCAUGGAGCGCAAGUGGCUACUCGUCCAGGUUCUCUUGGCGGCUGAACUGCUAUUCCGCCUCGACGCAUUUGUGCGCGGUGGUCUGCUUCAGAAUCCUCAUGAGGGAGCCAUGACAGCGCCCGAGUUGCAGCGAUUUGACCAGUUGUGCGAAGGGAAAGUCAACUGGGACCUCAAUUUAGCUCGCCGCUUUCUCGACAACCUGGACAUCAGCUCCGAGCCCGAGUCUUCAUCCACCUCGCCCACGGACCAACAGACUGGCUCGUCGCCUGUUCACCGGGAUAAGUCGCCCUUGAAGCCCCGUCGUUUCUCUCUAUUCGAUUCCAUCACCCGUCGCAUCUCCUCCACCCAAGGUAGCGACCUGAAAUCACCCUGGGACUGUCAUAUCAGUUCGCCUUAUAUCCGCCUGCAGCUCGAGGGUCUUUAUGUCUUUGCAGAGAAUAUUGGGUGGCCUAAUGUGGAUGCUCUAAGAGAUCAUUUCCAGAGACUCUGCUCAAGCGGCCAGGAAAUCUUUGACCCUCAGCUCGAGAGGCUUGAGCCACGCGACCAAGGGAAUAAUUCCGACAAGUACGCCACGGUAUCUGGAGAGAACAAGGAUCUGUACGGCCGCAGCCGAUGUCGACGCUAUGUCCGGCUGCGUAGUCUAUCUGGGGAGUCUCACGGAUCGAAUGGCCUUGAGCGCAUUGGUUGGCUAUCUCGAAGCUGGCUAUCAGGGCUCGUCUUACCGGGAGAAGCAAUCUGCCAUUUGCUCAUCGGCACUCUUUUGGAGAAUGAUGGACAGGCAAUUGAAAAAUUAGGACCUGUGGCAAAUCUCUACGGCGGUUUCAUUUACAAAGGUCGUAGCUACUGGAGCAAGGCCAGCAUUGUCGGACGGGUGCUAUCUUGCCUCCAGGGUGCGCAGACUUGCAUGGGAUGGGUUGGUUGUAGCGUCUUGCCGUGUGAGGAAUCAACGACGACACCCUUGGCCGACGGAUGGUUUGAGGUACCCAUGCAAAAGGCUCCCCGAGGUGCUGGAAAGUCACGCAUCAAGCAGGGAGGAAAGUUGGCAAUGGAGUCCACACCACUGGGAACUGGCGACAUCACCGCCAGUUCGUUUACGCUGCCAGUUGAUCCGCUGAUGGAUGACCAUGAGACCGAGGUCCAGAUGACUCAAUUGAGCUUACUUGCUCGGACAUGUCAACAGGGCAGCAUCACAGAAUGUGAGCAGGCCACGAUGACAUUUUCAAUGACCGAUACGAGAACGAACUCCUCCACCACGAUCUCCUAUCCCCUCAAAUAUCAUGUGCGCUUCGUUUCCGCCCAUCCCUGUCAACGACCACACGCCUUCACCGUGUGUCGACCAGAAGACUCUAUCAGAUCCCACGCUCAUGAACCAGAGCCUCCUUCUCCCGACCCUGGUCCGCUCCGGCGUCUACCGGGUCACCCACUUCACCAAUCGUACCGCUACGAAUAUGUGAAACUCGACUCAAUACCAGACCAGCUCUCGCUGGAUGAGAGCCAGCCUAUUCUCAUUAUCGACGCGCGUGGAUGUCGAUCCAAGGAGGCCUUUGUUCGCGCCUGGUGUGCGUCUGCAGGCUGCCAUGCCUUGAUUGGCCGAGUAGGAAAGACGUGUGUGGCGUGCUGUGUUCGAGAGGCCAGGGCGCUCGACAUUCGCGUGGUAGUCAGAGUGGGACAGUGA